CAUUUAUUAUUGAGAUAUUUUAAAUUACAGUGAAGAUGUCUGGAAGAGGAAAGACCGGCGGUAAAGCCCGUGCUAAGGCAAAGACUCGCUCCUCCAGGGCAGGACUGCAGUUCCCAGUCGGCCGUGUCCACAGGCUGCUGCGGAAGGGAAACUAUGCUCAGCGUGUCGGCGCUGGAGCCCCUGUCUAUCUGGCCGCUGUGCUCGAGUACCUGACUGCUGAAAUCCUGGAGCUGGCCGGGAACGCCGCCCGGGACAACAAGAAAACCAGAAUCAUCCCGCGUCACCUGCAGCUCGCUGUCCGCAACGACGAGGAGCUCAACAAGCUGAUGGGAGGCGUCACCAUCGCUCAGGGCGGAGUGCUGCCCAACAUCCAGGCCGUGCUGCUGCCCAAGAAAACUGAGAAGCCAGCCAAGAAGUAAAUCACUCGGACGCCGCUUUUAAGAUCUUAUAAAACCCCAAAGGCUCUUUUAAGAGCCACCCAA